CUUCACUCUCAUCGUUUCAAAACAUUAAAAAAAAGAAACUCAUAUUCAUCGAUCAAUGAUGGCAGCGAAAAAACUGUUUUUGUGUUUAGUAUUUUGUGUAGUGGCUUUGUUUGGGGUGGUGGCGUUGGCUGGUGGUUCUUCAUCAUCCAAAUCGAAACCCAGUUCUGUAAUAGGAAUCGAUCUUGGUACUACCUACUCUUGUGUGGGAGUGUUUAAAAACGACAACGUUGAGAUCAUAGCCAAUGACCAAGGCAACAGAAUCACCCCUUCUUGGGUGGCUUUCACAGAUUCCGAGCGCCUCAUUGGUGAAGCUGCAAAAAAUCAAGCUCCUCUCAAUGGACAAAGAACCGUUUUUGAUGUCAAGCGCCUUAUUGGCAGAAAAUUUGAUGACCCAGAAGUAGAGAAAGAUAUCAAAUUUUUACCUUAUAAAGUAGUCAACAAUGGUGGUAAACCAUAUAUUGAAGUGAAAGUGAAAGGUGAAACAAAGGUGUUUAGUCCUGAGGAAAUUAGCGCUAUGGUGUUGGGAAAGAUGAAAGAGACGGCAGAGCAAUAUUUGGGCAAGGAAAUUACCCAUGCUGUCAUCACUGUUCCAGCAUAUUUCAAUGAUGCUCAGAGACAAGCAACAAAGGAUGCAGGCACCAUAGCUGGGCUCAAUGUGGCUAGAAUAAUCAACGAGCCCACUGCUGCAGCUUUUGCCUAUGGUUUAGAUAAGAAAGGAGGAGAAGAGAAUAUUUUGGUGUUUGAUCUUGGUGGUGGUACUUUUGAUGUCAGUAUCUUGACCAUUGAUAAUGGUGUCUUUGAAGUUUUGGCUACAAGUGGAGAUACACAUCUUGGUGGAGAAGAUUUUGAUCACAGAGUCAUGGACUAUUUCAUCAAAUUGAUCAAGAAAAAGUAUAACAAAGACAUAAGUAACAACAGCAAAGCUCUUGGGAAACUUAGAAAAGAAUGUGAAAGAGCUAAGAGAGCUUUGAGUAACCAGCACCAAGUGAGGCUUGAAAUCGAAUCCCUUUUCGAUGGUAUUGAUUUCUCAGAGCCAUUAACAAGGGCUAGAUUUGAGGAACUUAAUAUGGAUCUGUUUAAGAAGACAAUGGGGCCAGUGAAAAAGGCUUUAAAAGAUGCAGGCCUUAAGAAAACUGAUAUUCAUGAGAUUGUGCUUGUAGGAGGGAGUACUAGAAUUCCUAAGGUUCAACAAUUGUUGAAGGAAUUCUUUGAUGGGAAAGAACCAAACAAGGGUGUUAAUCCUGAUGAGGCUGUGGCCUAUGGUGCUGCAGUUCAGGGUGCCAUAAUCAGUGGUGAAGGAGGAGAUAAAACAAAAGAUGUGGUUGUGAUUGAUGUUACUCCACUAAGUUUGGGAAUUGAAACAGCUGGUGGGGUUAUGACAAAAUUGAUUCCUAGGAACUCAGUUUUCCCUGCCAAAAAAUCUCAAAUAUUCACAACUUACUCAGACAAACAGAGCACAGUUACCAUCAGAGUAUUUGAAGGUGAAAGAUCCUUGGUAAAAGAUUGUCAUGAGCUUGGCAGAUUUGAUCUCUCUGGCAUUCCACCUGCUCCAAGAGGAGUCCCUCAAAUUGAAGUAACUUUUGAGGUUGAUGUGAAUGGGAUUUUACAUGUUAAAGCUGAGGACAAAGCAGCAAAGAAGGUUGAAUCCAUAACCAUUACAGAUGAGAAAGGUCGUUUAAGCCAAGAAGAUAUAGAAAGGAUGGUGAAGGAGGCUGAAGAAUUUGCUGAAGAAGAUAAGAUGAUGAAAGAAAAGAUUGACUCCAGAAACAAACUUGAGACCUACGUUUACAACAUGAAAAACACUGUUAAUGACAAUGACAAGCUUGGUGGUAAGAUUAGUUCAGAGGAUAAGGAAAAGAUUGAGAAUACUCUGAAAGAGGCUCUUGAAUGGUUGGAUGAGAAUCAAAGUGCUGAGAAGGAAGAAUAUGAUGUGAAGUUGAAAGAGGUUGAAGAGGUGUGUAAUCCUGUUAUAAGACAGGUUUAUGAGAACACUAGUGGGAAUUCUAAUGAAGAAGAAGAAGAAGAAGACUCCUAUAAUGACGAGUUAUAGUUAGAUUAUUUUAGUAUCAAAAAUGUCAAUCUCAUUCUUAGAUUAUUUUAGUAUUUUUUAUUUUUAUAAACAAUUUUUUUUCUUUUAUAAAUUAAUCAUAAAUUUAGUAUAGAAUAACAUAAGGUAAACAAUAUUUAUCGAUUGGUUUAAUUCAACCAUUAUUAAGUGUUUAAUCCC